GGAGCAGCAGGGGAGAGGGAGGAGCAGCAGCAGCAGCGGAGAUGCACGGUGUCGGUGAAGGGCGCGGCUGAGCAUAGAGGAAGCGGUGGACACGGUGCUGGAGCUCGGGUCAACCGACAGCGCGUCCACCGGACACCGGCACCAGGCCUCAGCUCCACACUCCCGGGCCUAGACUCCGGGCCCAGCCUCGGCGAUGGCGCGGGCCCUCAGCGCCGCCUUCCUACUCGGCAUAAUUUCAAUGUGCAAGUCUUUCAACAUUCAAUUAGUAAACGGGCUGGAGGGCACUAAUGUAACGUUUCCUUUCACGAGACCUGCAAAGACAGAUGAAAUUUUAUUCACGUUUGAAGACAACAAGGUGCUUGAGUGGGAAUUCGACCGUAAUAUUUCCUACUUUGGAAAAUUCUCUGAAAGAGCUAACUUAAUAGGAAAUACUAUAAUGAUAAAGAAUUUGCUGCUGAAUGAUUCCGGGAUAUAUAAGCUUUCUUUCACAUCUACAACAGGUAGUGUUGUUGAAGAGAUUUACCAGCUAGUUGUGAAUGUACCACUUUCGAAGCCAACAAUUAGCUGUGUCGCAAAUGACUCCAUUAUUCACCUGAACUGCUCUGUAAAUAAACCUGUUAAAAAGGAAUGGAAGCAUGAAAACAGUACAGUGCAGCAAGGUGAACAUUUUGAUUUAACUCCUGAAGGAACCAACCUGGCAAUAUUGAAUCCUAAAGAAUCUUCUGGUGAAUAUACCUGCAUCGUGAGGCAACCAGGAGAGCUGGUUCAGAGCGACCCUUUUAACAUAAAAGAAUGCUUUAAAAAUGAAGAGGGACGAGAUCAUAUCCUGCUGGCUAUAGCAAUAAUUCCGAUCAUAUUAGUUAUUGUUGCCGUUUUAUGUUGGUGUAAAUUUAAACGUAAGUAUUCACCUUCUCUACUUUCGUAAUAAAUGAAUGUUGAA